GGGAAGAAAGUUACUUUCGACUGAGAGCAUCCAACGACGCCAAGUACGUUGAUCGAGGGGAAGGUGGGAAAGGAAUCAUGGUGGAUUUAAGAUGCACCAGAGAUUCAUCAAGAUGUCACAAGCUCCUUCGAUCUGGGGCUUUACUUAGACAGCGAGUAUACGCAAUAACGCCCAAGCCCUCAAACUUCCCCUUCGUCACAUCAUGCAGCUUCUGCAUCAACAGCUCCCACCCAACAAAUUCGUCUCAUCCGUACCUUCACCCUCUACCAAAGGCUGCGGUCCCGGCUGUCAUCCACCCCACACGGGUCGUCUCUGGCUCCACAAAUUCACGUACAGUUACUCCUACUCUCCCCGCUCGAGCAUCGAAGACGAGGUUCAGGUGAUAAGAAAGGCUUAUCCUUCUUGCUGCGAUCGGGGGAGGUUUGCCAAGGUUGUGCAGAGUUGUGACGGCGCUGCGGUCGAAAUGGUCGUCUCAAGGAGCGCGGUGUAGCGUUGUCAACGGUCGUUGCGCAACGAACGAUCGUUUCGCGAAGAACUGCUAGUCCUUCCACAUUCCUCUAGCGGAUCUUAGAAGCAUCACCAACAGCGCAGCAACAAGCAGUGCAGGUACGGGAGGGAUUACUUCCACAACUGCCGGUUCGGCCACUGCCCACAAUCCUUCCUACACCACCUCGGUCUACGGUCCGUCAGGCUCAACAGUGCUGCGCGAUUGUCCGUCUGUUAAUGGGUA